UUAAAAGUAUUCAAAAAGGAACGUAAAUCGAUUUCGGGUUUGGAGCGAGAGUUGCUCGCGUAUAAAAGGAUCGCGACCUCGAAGAACUGGACGAAUGGCAAGGCCUUCAUCAUGGAACUGGAGAGGUCGAUGCAGGAUGAUCAUUUUCUCUGCUUUGCAAUGGAAUUAAUGCAACACGAUUUAAUGGAAGUCAUGAUGGAUGAUCCAUGUGCAUGCCGAGUUAAUGCGCGGAGGUGGUCCGCUCAAAUAACUCUAGGAAUUGCCUCUUUACACGAGAUGGGGAUCAUCCAUCGCGACAUUAAACCUGAAAACGUUCUCGUCGACGCGAGGGGCAACGCCCGUAUCGCCGACCUCGGCGCGGCGUACAUGCACUCCGGUGCUCUUCAUUGGUGGGGGGAAUAUAGCAUAGAUCUCGUAGGGACCUGGCAGUACAUGGCCCCCGAGGUUAUCCAAAACAAGGGUCUCCCGAAGCGUGAUAAAAAGUCCUAUGGAAUCGCAGUGGAUUAUUGGGCGCUAGGAUGUCUCAUCUAUGAAUUAGAAUCCGAUGACCACGACACCCUCUUCAAUAGCGACAUGGGGUGCGCUGGAUAUCUUGCUUGGCGAUCCUCUCACUUUGGAGUAGUAUAUCCACCAUUGCAAAGUCUCAACAAAGAUGCAGCGAGUGUGAUCACCGGGCUGUUGCGUACGGCGCCUGGUUAUCGUUUUGGAAUUCGAGAUCUUAGAAGGCAUGCGUAUUUCCGCACAGAAGCUGGCAUGUCAGAGUUUGCGGAUACUGAAGCACGGGCUCUUGCACGCCCAAUCAAUCCCGAUUUCCAGCCCCACCUGAUGCGCUCGACAUACACAAGCGAACUAAUAUUUACGCCGGUUCGAUGUUCUCGACACUCUAAAUUGGGAGGGGAGGCCGACUUCUCGCGCUUCGACUGGGACAACCCAAGAUCUGGGGUGGUUGUCGACUCGAGUAUAAAUUAACGUAGAGAUCUCCGGGCCGAUGACGUCCCCUUAUUGUUGUUGUGUGCUUCCGUUAUUUUCGUGACAUAGAGUGGGCCAUGUUGUAUUUUUUCCUGGAUUGGAUUUGUGCGAAUAGCUGGGGGAUACUGUAUUCCAGUUUGAGAAUGUUAGUGUACUAUACUAGACAGAAUUGAAAAGUGUAAUCUGAUAGAGAUUUGCCUCC